UCUUUCGCCUGUCCCAUGGAAGAAACUACUACUACUCAUGCGGUCUCGUGGCGGUCUUUAAAAGUCUGGUAUUUUUCUAUAAGGUGCAUGGUUAUUUGCUGUUUUAGCAACAUUUAGGUAACUUUCCUGCUAAUCUUUUACUUUUUGGUAAAAAUGAUAUAAUUUGGGUUGAAAUCAAUUUAAAUACUUCAUAAAAAUGACGUCCUUAUUAGAGGUUCUCGUUACAAGUGACUCUAAUAAUACAUUAUGGACCUCGUGCAUUUGGGACCCUCAUACUGGUACUAGUCUUAUGACUUAUAAAGGUGGCGGAACAGCUGAAGCAAAGACUUUAUCUUUCAUCGGCAAUGACUACAUAGCAGCUGCAGAAAAAAGUAAACCCAUUCUUCACGUUUGGCCCUUAAAUUCUCAACAGACUGUGCAAGGUAUGCGAUUUGUUUUACCCGGGAAAGCUAGUGCUGUAUCUGUCUCAAUAGAUGGGUUAUAUAUAGUAGCUGGAAUUGACGAAAAGAUUUUUUUGUGGCAAAUGUCUUCUGGUAGUUUACUAACUAUAAUAAACAGGCACUAUCAGAAAGUAGUACUGUUAAAAUUCACUCCAGAUGGAAAAUUUUUUAUAUCUGCAGCUGAAGAUGGUAUGGUUAUGCUGUGGUCCCUUACCACAGUAUCUGCACAUCCAGAGGUUGAUCUUAUUACUCAAAGUACAGCUGGACAACAUGAUCCUGUUUAUAUAUUUUCUGAUCACUCAUUACCUGUAACAGACCUUUGCAUUAGCAAAACUGGCAUACAUGGCCGACUCAUAACUGUAUCAAGUGAUCGAACUUGUAAAAUUUAUGAUCUAUCUACCGGAGAAAUGUUAUUAAAUAUAGUCUUUGAUGUGCCACUCUCAUCUGUAAUAAUGGAUAUAUUGGAACUGAAUAUAUUCAUUGGUACCACAGAAGGUAAGAUUCAUCAGUUCAGUCUUACAAAUGCUCCAAGAAGUAGAGAUUUUCUAGUAAACACAGAAACUAAUUGUCCAACAUUUAUUGCCCAUACAAAAGCUGUAACUUGUUUGUCUGUCUCUGUUGGGGGUGAAACCUUGAUGUCUGGAUCGAGUGAUGAACAAGUUAUUUUAUGGCACAUACCCAGUAAACAACCUGUUAGAAUUAUCAGACAUAAAGGACCUAUUACCAAUGCAUUUUUUACUAUGAAUUUUCCUGCAAUAUAUAAACAAGAUUUUAAUCCUAGUAUAAUUUUGCACAGCUUAGAAAGAUCUUUAGAAAAGGAUGUUGAUGAAGUCUCUGAAAUAGAAGUUUUGAUCAAUAAAAAGAUAGAUUUCUGGCCAACAUACCAAGAAAAUGAUAAUGAAUAUAAUCUACCUUCUAAAGAAGUGGAGAAUGAAUAUAAGUUAAAAGAAAUUGCUAUGAAAAAUGAAUUGAAUAAAUUAAAGAAAAUCAAUGCUAAUUUAUAUGCUUUCAGUGUAAACCAGACUCUUAAAUCUGUAGCAGCUUCUAAUGAUGUUAGUUAUAAGAAAAAGAAGAAAAAGAACUAUAAAGACAAAUAAAAUCUUGUAUGGGUAUUUUUAAAACAAAGUUUUUGUUAUCUAUUUUGAAAUUCCCUUUAUAUGCAUAUUAAAACAAUAGAAUUUAGUUAAGUAUUCUACAGCAAGAGGAAUUCUCUACAAUUUUUGGAAAAUGAUUAUAAUAGGUACCCAGUAUUUUAGUAAGUAAUUUGGCUUAGCAAAAUUUUUCAAAUUUCAUAAUUUACAUUUCUUUUCCUACCACUCUUUUUGGACGCCUUUUGGCAGGUAAGAGACCAGAAAAAUAAAAAACUUAUAAAAAAAAGAACCAACUUCAAACUUUAAAGUGUUAAAUAUUGCUUAUCUUAAAAGCAUCAUAUUCAAGAAAAUGCUAUUGUACUACUUUACUAUACUUUUUAUAAAAAGUUUUUAUUUUUUAUGCUUUUUAGUGUUAUUGAUAUUUUUUAUGUAAUAGGUAACACUAAAAAUAUUGAAUAUCAAUGUAAAUAAAAAUAUUUAACAUACUGAAAGUCUUACAAUAGGUGAUUAUGUUUAUUUGCUCAACAUAAUUAUUUCCAAUAAUUUAUAUUCAUAUUUUUAUGAGGAAAGAUUUGUUUGUUUAGAAUGAAUAAACAUAUUUGAUAUUUUUUAUUUGUUUAUUUUCAUUGGAUAGGCCC